CUACUAUAUAACAAAUAAUUUGAGCAGGUAAUGACAGUGUUAGCAGAGGUAUGCACACCUCCACAAGUCAGACGAGUGGACAGAUACCAAUCUAUACUCGAUUACCCGCUUUCUAAAAACCGAGAUGAAAGACGAGCGGAGCACAAGUCUUCAAAGCAAAUGUUUCCUCCUAUAAAGGAUGGAAUGGUAGUGGAACUACCGUCCACUUCCCCUAGGAAAUCUAAAUCAUCAGGAGCAAAGUCCCGGCCGAGUUCAGCUAUAUUUUUUGAAGCAGCUAAAACGUUCCACACUAGUAAAGGUCAUAAUAAAGAGCUACGACAGCGGCUGAUGGAGUCUCACAUGACGUUUAUGAACUGGAGAGUGCCCGCUUCAAGGUCCGCUUCUGUCAUGUCAAGUCGACCCGGUACAUCUCUCCAAAGGUUAGACGAAGCAAAGGCAGCUUCCAAAAAAUCCCCAUACACAAAAGAAGAAGUUCCUAAAGUCGAGUCGGAGAAACUCCUUGCUUCUCCUAAGGAGACUACACCCAGAUCUAGUAAGAAACCAGUGGAGUUACCAGAGAAGGAAAAAGCGAUUUUAAAAGACUGGUUACAGAAAGCCUCUGUCACAGAUAAAGUUGUGAUAUCAGAUCUAAUCGAGUGUGCUGACAGACUUACUCUUACCUCCGUAACGGGACGCAAGUUCAGACCAGGUCCAGCAGCUGCUAUAAAACUCUGGCUAAAGAAUGCUAACGAUGCAGAAAAACAGAUUGCAGAGAAGUUUCUAGACGAAUUAGAAGUGCUUGAUCUGCUGGCUGGAGGUAAAGAGCCCAGUAACACCAGCCCACGUGGAGGAUUUGGACCUCUCAUGGAUAGGUCACGUGAUCUUGGAUACAGAGACGGAAAAACUGAUAAGGAUAUUGAUGCUCUCUUUGACUGUGUAUCCAGUGAGUUGAUGGUACCGAUAAGUAAACCGUUUGCUACCUCCCCACGCUACGCUCCUCAUUUUGGACCUGACAGAACACCAGCAGCUCUGUGGCAUCUUGAUCAGAAAAGAGACGUACGGUCCUUGGUGCCGAACAACACUUCAAGCUUCAUCAACCCAAACAAAGACCGGGGAAGUCACUUUGACAUUCACCCUGACUGGCCAAGUUACUAUAAUUAGUACUAACAAUUAGCAAAAAUUUAUUAAUUGGCGAUGAUUUAAACCGGGCAAAUCAUCGCCAAUUAGGUAUUUAGCUUGAAAUGAACAGCUGACUAUAAGUAUAAGUAUAACAAGAACUGCCGUGGAUAUUUAUUGUUUAUGAUACUCUAGCACGUAAUUGCGUUAUUUACCUGGGCUUAUCUAGUUUUAGAAAGUAAGUAUUUUAUGUCUUUCUUUCUCGUUGGUGGGUUUGUUGAUUUAUUGUUCAGAUUUUCUUAUCAGGGAUCAAAUAUAAUUUUAGGACGCUAAUACAAAUGAAUUAUCUUGACUUCUGAGUUAUGCAAAAUAAUAAACUUAUGUCCUUCAUUUAACUUUUAUCACAUUUUCCCUCGCAAUGUUUCUCUUAAAUUUCAUACUUUAUUUCUUUUAACAAAGAAAAGUGAUUUAUCUUACGUACCUUCAUUCUUAUAUUAUAACCUUUUUGGUAUACUUUUUCUUAAAUCUGACUGAUUUGAUAAGUUCAAAAUUCUAAUUCUAAUGUAUAUAGACGGAAAACAUUUUUAAUUUAAA